AUGUCCCAGUUUCUGAAAAUCUCCAAACAAGAGUUCCAAAUGUCAUUGAUGAAAGUACAGGUUUUGUGCGUGAUCCUGGAAUGCGAAUUUAGUCCAUGGCUUGAAUAUUCACCUAGUAAAGAUGCUGCUUUUUGUCUACCAUGCUUUCUCUUUGACAAGCCAACUGGGAAUGCUGGGAGUCAUGCCUCAAUUGAUGUUGUCAAAGUGCUUGCAUUUCAAGGACUUGCUUUUAGAGGACGAGAUGAAAGUUCUGAUUCAAUUAAUUGUGGGAAUUUUCUUGAAAUAUUGGAUUUGGUGGUAUCAUAUAAUGAAUAUGUUGCAGAAGCGAUAGAGAAAGCUCCCAAAAAUGCCUCUUACAAAUCACCAAAAAUCCAAAAGGAAAUCUUACAUGUAUUUUCAAACAAGGUGAAGAAGGUAAUUCGUGAAGAAAUUGAUGAUGCAAAGUUUUGUCUAAUUGUUGAUGAAGCUUGUGAUGAGUCAAUGAAGGAGCAAAUGGCUAUUGUUAUAAAAUUUGUACACAAAGAUGGUUUUGUUCGGGAACGUUUUUUUGGGUGUCAGUCUCAAGACAUUUUAAAUCUGAUGAAUUUUGUUUCAUCCACUAAAGCACUUAUUCAAAAAUUCAGAGAUGAAGAGUGGGAUAUUUUACUUACCAUUGUGAAAUCAUUUUGUGAGGCACGUGACAUAGAUGUCUCAAAUAUGAAUGCUCGUUAUGUUGAGAGAGGAGGUCUAGCUUGUUAUCAACAAGAUGAAUUCACAAUUGAGCAUCAUUAUCGGGAAGAUAUUUUUUAUGUUGCAAUAGAUUCUAUAUUACAAGAAUUAAAUCAUCGGUUUAGUAAGCCUGCGGUGGAAUUGCUUAAUCUUAGUUUAGCCCUUGAUCCUAAAGAGGCACUUUCUACUACAACUACAAAGCGAGCAUUUUCAGCCAUGAAUAUUAUCAAGAAUAGGCUUCGCAACAAGAUGGAAGAUGAUUUUCUAAUGGACUCUAUGAUUUUGUACAUUGAGAAGGAGAUUGCUGCAAAAUUUGGUACAGAAUCAAUCAUAAACAACUUUCGAGACUUAAAAGAGCGUUGA